UGCGGCCCGCCGAGCUGCGCGGAGGAGGCGGCAGCAAGGGGAGGAAAAGAAGCGGCGGCAGCGGCAGCAGCAGCAGGGGAGAUGCCGCCACAGCCCCUCCUGCUCCUGCCGCUGUGAGCUUCCCCCUCCCGAGCAGGAGGGGACCCGCGGUGCCGGGAGGAGGAGGGAGCGGGACAGUGGCUGCGCUCGGGGACAUGUUGAGGGUCGCGUGCUAGGGGGGUGCGAGCUCUGGAGUCCUCCGGGAGAGAGCUGGCAGAUGUCCCAAGUGAAGGAGCCUCUUCCUUCAGGGCCUGAAGGGCCGGCGCGAGCAGCUCCGGCUGCGAGCAGCUUUUUGAUCUCCCUCCCUCGAGAAAAAUCUGACAAAGCAAAUAUAGCUGUAGGAGAGAGAGACAUAAUACAGCCUUCCAAUAGCAGAAGCAUACAACCAGAGAUACAAGACCAGUCUGUCUGGGGAAAUCACACUGAUGGUGACCUCAUCAGAACACAACCUCAACGCCUGCCUCAGCCAAAUACUUCAUCACUGGAAAAGAGUGAAGAAGAAACUGGCAAGAUACAAAAUGGCCAUGCAGGUCUGAGUAAUGGAAAUGGAAUUCACAAUGGGGUGAAGCAUGCAACUACAGAUAAUAGAAAACUUUCAGCACCUGUUUCACAAAAAAUGCACAGGAAAAUUCAGUCCAGCUUGUCUGUCAACAGUGACAGCAGCAAGAAGAGUAAAAUAAGCUCUGCAUAUUCUCAUAAACCAGGUUCUUCACCUGAAGAUUGCUGUGUUCACUGUAUCCUGGCAUGCUUGUUUUGUGAAUUUCUCACCCUCUGUAAUAUUGUUUUGGGCCAAGCAUCCUGUGGCAUCUGUACUUCGGAGACCUGCUGUUGUUGCUGUGGAGACGAAAUGGGGGAGGACUGUAACUGCCCAUGUGAUAUGGAUUGUGGCAUAAUGGACGCUUGCUGCGAAUCAUCAGAUUGUUUGGAAAUAUGUAUGGAAUGCUGUGGGAUUUGUUUCCCCUCAUGAAAUAUUUAUCACUUUUUAUUUUAUUCUAUUAAAAACUGGAGAGCUUUUCUUUAAAUACUUUUGAAGAAAGACAAGGUAAGAUUCUCACACAGCAACUUAGUAUUUGCACUGUUUAACUCCCUUGGUAUAAACAAAAAGAUUAAACCUCUACUCUUAACAAAUAUGUUACAAUUCAGCUUGUGAAAUUUAAAUUGUUUUCCAGCCCCCUUUUGGCUUUGCAAAUGUAAGUGUUUAUUGAAAGCAAAUUAAAAGCUUGCUAUUGCAUAUCUAACUUGUGUAGAAUUGCCAUAUGAAGUUAGCAAUUUUACAGGGGCAAGAUUUCACCUACUAUGUCUCAAAACAGAAGAAACUUCUUAUAUCUGACCUGUAUUAUCUUUUUUAAUGUUACUUGAAAUCUUCAUUCUUACCACCAGAUUUUGAAGGCUUAGGCAAGGAUAAAUGUAUCUUUUCUUGGUUGGACUAGAUGAUAAAAUAACUACAGCUAUAAAAUGGAGAUCAUCAAAAAAUAUUUCAGAUUUUAAACCUAUACUUGAAUCUGCCUACUAAUUUUUGUGGUUUUACAACCACAUUUUCUCUUUCUACUGUUGUAAGAAAGACCCAUACAAAAGAAAGGAUAUAGUUGAUAAGCAAAAUAGUAAACCUGACUAAACACAAAGUGUAAUCAUCAAAUGCUGAGGGUAAACUUCAAAAGCAUAUUAUUCUUAAGUGUCACUUUUUUAAGUGUUGCUUGCAAAUAACAGCGUGGGAAAAGUUUUCAAAAAUGUUACAUUUUUAGGUGGCUGGUAUCCAUUUAAACUAGGAGACAUGAAAUAAUGUCUUUAAAAACACAUAGUAUUCAAUGGCCAAAGUUUUAUUUUAACAUCCUGUAAAUACAGUUUUUUCAGUAAGUCUUGAUUUUUUUUUCCACUGUGUUAUUGAGAGCAAAAAAGAUCCAGCAUAGCUAAUGAUUAGAGAAUUUCCAUGUGUUGGGAAAUAAUGGUGCCCAUUUACCUUAGCAUCUGUUAGCUUUUUCUUGGUAUUCAUAGCUAAUUAUCUGAACCACCUGUACACUUUGAUCGGACAUGUUUACUUUCCUUUGUAUGCUUCAGAUUUCCUAUUUAUAGUUUAUUGGUUCAGUUAACUUUGGUAACGUAACAACUGUCCCUGAUGGACAAUAGCACGUUUCUAUAUGUUGAACUGAAAGUAAGUGAUUCUUUCCACUGUAUAGAAGACAGUUUACAUAAAUGUGACAAAUGAAAAAUCACAGGAAUGUGAAAUUGACCAAGUCAACACAUUGUUUAGUCUUAAUCUAGGGCCUGGUCUGGCAAACACUGACUAGUAGUGCUUACUACUGCAAGAUAUCACUGAUAAUAAAGUAACUUUAUUCUCAUUGAUUCUGUUGAGCUAGGGAGGGGUUUCCUUCUACUUUCAAACCUCCAGCAAGCAUUGUGGUAUAUUCCAGUUUGAAUGUGGAUUUAUUCAGAAGUUAUCUCUACAUGUAUAGGGCCAGAUUCUGAUUUCACACUAAUAAAAGCCAGGUGGAUUUCCAGCACCUUCCACAAAUGUAAUUUCAUUAAGGAAGCACUCAGAUAUUAUGGUAAUGGGCACUAUAAUAAAAAGCUACAUGGUCAAAGUGAUAAAAAUUGCUAAGCUCAGAAUCAGGCCCAUGGGGCUCAAUUACAACUACAAGAGUCUGAACCACCCUGGGAAAAAGGAAGAGGCCCACUAGCUGAGUGGCAGUGCCUGAAGGCAUUUUGCCUUUGUAAAGGCAUAAUGUUUCUGGAGAAAUUGGAAGCACCAUGUGAGAACACUGGGAUUUGCUGCACCUUGGAAAAAGUGUAGACAGUACUUCAAGUGCAACUCUAGUAGCUGACAGUGGUGGUGAGGACAUGGUCUCUGGGGCCAUGUGGCACUGAAAACUAUGCUAGCUGUAUUGCCCUCUGUAUUUUUUAGCACAGACAAUUACACUAUGACUGUCUAGUAUUUGUGUGUGCUUAUGAAGUAGGGUUGAAGGACUUCCUGUGUACCUUCCUUGUGGUGAACUCUUGCCAGAGCAGUCACAAUGUGAUUUUGAGGUUUUUGGAAAACUAUGCAUUUGCAUUUGGGGCUUUUAAGUAAACAUUGAAUUUUAAGAAUUGUUCACAAUUUCUAUUGGAAACAAAAUAGCAGACCACAGGCUAUUUUAGCAUAGACAAUGACAAUUCUGACUUAUGAAAACUCCUUCUUCCCUGAUUUAAAGUUUGCUCAUUCAUGUGGAUUGUUAUAUACAGAACUUUCUGCUUGUUGAACACUUUAGAAACUGGGAAAUGUUGUUACUUUUGGGUGGUUGGAACUCAAAAAUAAGCUGGGGAAUGCAUAUACUUCUUUCUCUUUCCUAAUGUCCAAAUACAAGAGAUAUGUUUAUUUUUUUCAUAAUAAAAAUCAAAAUAUUUAUAUGCAUCCAAUUUUUAUGUUUUCUUUAAUGCCCAUCUGAUUUAUUAAAUAGUAGAAAAUGAAUAUACUGUCUUGAUUAUAAAGCAUUGUAUUGACUGGGAAAUACCAGAUUAUUUUAGAUUUAAAUCAGAAAAUAAAAUGUUGAUUGUGUAAUUUUUUGACUUCAAAGCACAUUCUGCUACUAUUUGUCAUAGAAAUACUAGCACUUUUGUAAUAUUUAUCUCUGUAGCAGAGAAUAUUAGUAUGUAGUUUAAGGAGUCUAAUUUUUAUAUUUAUAUUCUUAAAUUUUUCCUUUAUGUCCACUUUAUCGGCAAUCUUAUAAGCACCUUUUGCAUUAAAAACAAGCAGAAUUAGAAAUAGACAAUGUGAAAGUGUAACUUAAAUAAGAAAAUCAGUACUUGUCUAGUUUAUAAAAUUUGUGAUGGACAAUUACCAUGUUUCAGUGUUACAGUUUACAACUGAUAAACUGGCCCCAUUUUUAAGGGAAAAAAAUUGUUAACUUGUUUUUUUUUAUUGUAUAUUAACUGGAUCUAUGUUAUUCUAAAACACUAUUUUGAAAUAAAGAACUUUAUUUUGAAACUGU